CCAACCAAGCUCUAUAGUUUCGGCCAUUGCCAAUGGCCACCUGCGGUUUUCCACCUUUAUCCUUCCGUUCAUCUUUCAAUCAAUCCAGACUAACGAUAAAUGGAAAACUACACCCCAAAUCACCAUCAAUCAUUUGGCAAGGGCACGUCAACACGCAUGGAAAAGAAAAAAGGCCCCAAUUGGAGAGGAAGAUAGUGCGUUCACGGGUCUCCACAAAAAGUUGGGGGAUCAUGUCACUAGGUAGAACUGCCAAUUUUCAACCUAGUCCAGCAUCACCAUCUGAUACAAUUCAACAGUUCUACAAAUGCAUCAAUACCGGGGGCUGGAGGAACCUUGCUGACUUCAUGGCAAAAGAAUGUAUAUUUGAGGAUUACACGUUUUUUGUUCCCUUUGAGGGAGAAAAGGAAAUUAUGCAGUUCUUUGCGCAGCUGACAGAAGCCAUGGGUAAGAAUGUAAAGUUUGCGACAGAACACAUAUGCAGAGGUGAUGAUUCCACAAUUGCUACUAUGUGGCACUUAGAGUGGAACAAUAUACAAAUACCCUUCACCAGAGGUUGCAGUUUCUUCGAAUGCAUAAGACAAGAAGACAGAUUUCUCAUCAAGCAUGCCAGAAUUAUUAAUGAGUCGCCUCUAAAAUCAGGAGCAAUGGCACUGACCCUAUUGAAGUUGGUUACUUCCUUAUCCGACGAAUUCCCACAAGCAACUGAGAAGUUCCUAAAGAAGCCCUACGCUGUACUUCAGUUUCUACUAAGGAUAUACAAAUUAUUUGUGGAACCAUUUAUACGUCCAGUACUUGUUUUCUACAUUAAGCUCUGGAAGUUCCUUGCUCGAUUGGUCAGCUACGCACUCAACGUCCUGUUCAGUAUUUCAAGGAUCUUCAGAUAGAGGACGGCAAAUACUAGUGAAGAAAAAGAAAAACGUGAGGAGGCUUCACAUUACCUGUUAUUUCUCGUUAUCAUUCUCCUCCCAAUCAGGUCUAGUCUCCAGCAAUGAGAAAAUUAUUAUGGGCCCAAGACCAGGUGGAAGCUGAGGUUUGUUGAAGGCCAAAAUCGGUUCAUGUAUAUUGCCAGUAACUGGUCCUUCUUUGGUAAUUUCAUUAUUUCCUUUCUUCUGGAUAGAAGUUGUAUACAUCCCUACACAUUAAAAGAUUCUAGGAAGUGUACUCUGAGAAUUACACGUGGUAGAAGAGAAAAUUCUAAAAGUGUACAGUGAGAAUUACCCAUUGACUGUCUUAUUAAAUUGAUC